AGCAAAGAACACACCGAAGCUCCUCAGUCCUUGCAUACUCAGAUUAUUAUUAUCCGUGCUUUCGUGGAAGUUUCACCUAUCAAGGAAGUCAGUCUGACUAAGAAAGUUUAUCUCUGCAAAAAGUGGAAUUUCAAUCAGAUCCUCGAAGAUCGGUUGACCAUGUCUCCCAGAGGCGCCACCCUCAGAAGCAGGAAAUCCCUUUCUUUUGGCCUUCCUCGGAUAUCCGCUAACUUCUCUCUUUGUCCUUAUUCUUCUUCUCCUACGACCAAGCGAGGUGGAUUGCCUGAGAUCGAUGGACUGGAAGAGCGAGUCUCAAGAGAACUCAAUCUAGAAUUUCCAUUCCUUCGAAAACCCCAACCCCGCAUAUUAGUUAGCAAU